AUGGCCACUCUGGCCAUGUCGGAGCCCUCAUCACCCUCAUUUCCAAAGCACCGGCCCAAGGCAUGGGCCCUGCGCUGCGAACGGUACUGCUGCGUAGCCGCUACCUACUUCCCGCUCGCCUUUGUUUAUAGCUUGACGACAUGGGCGGUAUAUGUCGAAGCGAGCGUGGGCUUGCGACCGUCAGAUAGUCCUUGGAUCGGGUUACCAAGCUCGAUCCUCGGAGUCGUCCUUUACCUAUGUCUCAAUAUCUCCUACACAACCGCCGUCUUCACGGACCCCGGGUCACCCCUCCUUGGCCGGUCUCGAGGGAAUAGCCGGCAUCAAUACAGCGCUUUGCCGAUCACUGAGCUACCAGAAUAUACCUCAUACACGGUGAACUCCACGGGCGGAUCUCGAUUCUGCAAGAAAUGCCAGUGCCCGAAGCCGGAUCGGGCGCACCACUGUUCGACGUGUAAGCGAUGCGUCUUGAAGAUGGAUCACCAUUGUCCAUGGCUUGCUACCUGCGUGGGAAUGUACAACUACAAAGCGUUUCUGCUUUUUCUGAUAUAUACAUCGCUGUUUUGCUGGGUGGAUUUCGCGGUGGCGGCGACCUGGAUCUGGACAGAGGUCUUCAAUGAGACGCACUAUAUGGAUGGAAUUUUGCCGGUGAAUGUGGUAUUGCUCUCGAUUCUAGGGGGUAUUAUCGGGAUAGUUCUAACGGGCUUCACGGCUUGGCACAUCAGCCUAGCUGUUCGUGGUUUGACCACGAUCGAGUGCUUAGAGAAAACACGCUAUGUUUCACCGUUGCGAAGGGCGCUGGACCGCCCUCGCCGCGAGCUCAAUAACGAGCACCGGGAAGGACUCGGCGGGCGACUACAAAGCUACGGCAAUCAAAUCCUCGACGCACACGCGAAUGCCAUACCGGGAGUAACGCGCCCGGAAGAAGGCGAAGACCAAACUCCGGAUAUUGAGAACAUGACACCCGCACAGCAAGCCCUAUCCCGGUCCUACGCAGACCUAGAGCGUCAACGCGAACAUGACCGAUAUCAAGACUACCUUGCCGAACUCGACAACGAAAAGAUGCCCAACGCAUUCGACCUCGGCUGGCGCCGGAACCUCCUCCACCUCUUCGGCGACCGCCCCCUCCUCUGGUUCGUCCCCAUCCCCACAACAACCGGCGACGGCUGGGUCUGGGAGCCGAGCCCGAAAUUCCUCGAAGCGCAAGAACGCGUCCGCGAGCGACGCGAGCAAGUCAUCGCCGAACAGCGCGAGAAUGAACGUGACAUGUACAUGCGGAACAUGAACACUAGCCGCGCCGCAUGGCUCGGCUCGGAGCUGCCGCAGGGCUGGACGCCCGAUCAACCGCUGGGAGUUUUGGCUGCAGGAGGUGGUAUUAGGGACCCCGAGCGGCCACCGACGGGGGUAUCAAUGAAGACGCUGCCACCGAUGUCGCCGAGACCAAGACCUGGGGAGAUUGAUUAUGGGGAUGAUUCUGACGCAAAUCAGGAUUUCUCGCUUGCGUCUAGUACGGGGAUAGUAGAAGCGGGAAUGGGGAAUCAUGGGACCAGAGAGGAUGAAUGGCGCGAUUGGGAUUAA